AGCAAUGAAAAAGUCCUAUUUCUGUCUUAUAGUUUUUGAAGUCUGGAGUUUCCAGGAAUCUGUGAUCAUAUUUGGAGCCACUUUGUUUACUCAGAUUUAUAAAGAAGCACAUGUAAAACUACUAAUAAACUCUUGAAUCAUACACGAUUACAUUCUUGUGUAAAAUGUUCAUAUUUUAAUAUACAGCCAUUGGAUUCUAAUGGAAAAAUCAUUUAUGGCUUCAAUAUCAAGAAUUCUUUUUUUUUUUAAGUAAAUUUAUUUUAAAUGAUAAAAGUCAUGAUAUUACUCUAUAAUAACAUGAUUCAGUGUUUUCCAUCCUUCACCUGUAUUUCCAGAAGCUCGUGCCUUAGAAACUAAAUGAGCCAAUCAGAAGCGAGUCUGACUUUCUUCUUCUUUGUAUAAAAACAAGGUGAGCGAGUCGUGGAGGCCUGGCACAUCCUGGUUCUUUUCCCGUCCAUGUACCGGUCUGAACGCAGCUAAAGCCUCGGGGAAGGUCCGUCCAUGUUCUAUUAAACCGAACCCACCUGCACUGAAGAAAACCCACCGAACCCAGAGAGGGUCGACUCGCUUGCAUCUGAACGGAGUGAGAAGGCCUGAAGCCAAGGUGAAGAGGAUCCAGAGAGCGGCUGUGUGCAUGAGGAAAUCACCCCAAAGAUCUGACUCUUCCAGCACCAGAGCGCCGCACUCAGGCUGAGAAUGGUGAACAUGUGGUGGUGCAGACCGCUGGUCCUCUUGCCUCCUGUCCUCUCCAUGUUUACUGCUGCUGGACUUUGGGUCGUGUACUUCAUAGCUCUCUAUGAUGGGAAAGUGCUGCCUCUGACCUCGGAAUACAGAAAGGGAAAUCUAUCUGCACUUCCUCCUUUCAUAAGCAUCACAGGGAAUUUCCCCCCAGCCAGCUGCUACUUCAGUGAGAUCUUGAACCUGGCAGCGUUCGCAGCGUUUGUCGUGGGCGUCCUCAGGUACUUUCAGCUGAAGACCAAAUUAGACAAGCGGUGGCUGAACGUUUUCAGUGUGGUGUGUUUCUCCGUCGCCUGUUUUGGGAUGACGAUUGUGGGAAACUUCCAGCUCCUGGCAAUGAGGGUGACUCACAACAUGGGCACGUUACUGGCGUUUGGACUGGGCAACUUGUACUGCUGGCUUCAGACUUACAUCACCUGGAAAGUUAAUCUGAACAACCAGGGGAGGGUGCUUGCUAUCGGCCGUUUGGUGCUGUCUGCAGCCAUCUCUCUCUGCAUUAUACUGAAGUAUGGCUUGGCUGUUAUCCCCCACAUGCACACGGUUCGCUGCCAGUGGGCCGUGGUCAUGCUCUUCCUCAUAUACAUCAGCACUUUUGCCUUCGACUUUCGUCACUGCCGCUUUGAGGUGGUGUGCAGAGACACGGCUCAUUCAUUUCAGCAGAUCGGAUCAAAAAGUCCUUCUUGGACUCGUUACACAGGCGACAGACGGCACACGUUAAGACAGACACCGCCCGCCUGCGGAGGGGUUAAGACUUUCGCACUCUGGCAGGGAGCGAGCGCUUGCCGUCGGCGCCGCGCGCGCCGGAGUGCUUCUACACAGUGAUUCUACGCUCUAAAACACGACCAGAGGUCCCGACGGAAGCGCGUCUCGCCGUCGCACAGGCAGACCACGUUUUUACAAAACGGGGAACGGAUACAUCACUCUCAUACACAAACAGCUGGAAAGUGGCAGUCAGACACACGGUUCACCUAAAAGUUCAAACGUCAAGUAGUGACCUCACGGUUUUCUGCGAUUGUAUAGCACCCAUCUGCAGUCUCACUGUCCUGCUCGGGUUGCCAUGACACCGACCUCCCUCUGCUGGUGGUUAUGUCACUCUGUACACAUGAAGGCGUUCCUGCCGUGAUCUCAGGGAUACAAACGCCAAGCAAAGAGCAUUCAGCUUUUCCACACUUUGUCAAACUUCUAUGUAUUUUAUGGAAUAGACCAACAAAAAAAAAAGAAAAAAAAAGAGGAGCAAAUAAUAGUUAAGUGGAAGCAAAUGAAAAUCUGAAGCUAUUUCUAUUCAGCUAUUUUACUCUGAUACCCUUAAAUAAAACUACAUUGGACAGAGAA